AUGCUUUUUAUAACUGAAACAUGGCUCUUAUCCCCAGCCCGUCUUCCAACCUCAUGGUCUCAGUUUCAUCUCUAUGGAUCUCCUGUUGCUGGCAACUACUGCGGAUCAAUGGGGGUGUCAUUGUUAGUCUCUCCUUCCUGUCCUUAUGCUGUCACACAAAUACCUAUGCCCAACAACUAUGCUCUUGCUGUCAAGAUUGGUACCCUUCGACUUAUAGGCCUUUACUUACCACCCUCUAUGCCCACUCAUGAAGCUCUUGAUAUCCUCUCAGCCAUUCCUUUAACUGAUGAUACCAUUAUAUGUGGAGAUUUUAAUGCACGCCUUAGUUCAGUAACUGGUGACUAUGCAUCUGACCCUCGUGAUGUAGCUUUAGAGCAAUGGCUUGAAGAACGAUCUUUAACUGUCCUCAAUGGAGUUCUCUCACUAUGCACACCCACAUACAUUUCCUUUCGUAACGAAGUUGAAAUCAGCAGCAUCAUUGACCUUUUUAUCACCAACACCAACUUUGCCAACCCUUCUUUACACAUUGCAACCGAACUAUCUUUAGGCUCUGAUCACCGACUUCUCUCACUUUCCUUUACUUAUGACUUGCAACACUCACCACCAGCACCUCCACCUAUGCGCCAAACUUGGAAUCUGUCACGUCUUUAUGAAGAAGAUGUCAGAUCAUUAUAUGUCACCACCUUUGUCACCAAAUCCGCCUCCAUUCUCACCACACUACAAGACCUUGUUCAGAAUCCGCCAACUAUAUGUCCACCCAUUGAUACUCUUACUAACUCUUUCAAUGCACUCAUUUAUGACUCUCUUAGUAGCUCAAUUGGUUCUCGCCCCUCUCGCCCCUCACAUUGGAAAUCGUUUUGGACCCCUGCAUUGCAAGCUGCAGCUGACCAUAGAGAUGGUUGUUACAAGCAAUGA